GUGGAAAGUGCUUUACAGCGAUACGGUUACCCUAUCACAUAUUCUAUGCGGUAACGUUAGUUGACUUCAGUUGUUUCCUUGCAGAAUCCUGAUAUUUGUGAGUGAUCAUGGCUGCUACGACUUCAGCCGCGGUUACAGAAUCUCCUGGGCUAGAGACUCAACGCAAGGAAAUCGAGUCUCUGCUUCAGGAACAUGAACUCCGUGCAGGGGAUACUUGGUACCUGCUGGAGAGGCGAUGGUAUGAGCAGUGGAAGGAGUAUGUGGUGACAGGAGACCAGAACUCCUCAUCUUUCCCUGGACAGAUCGACAACACAGAGCUGUUUGAGGAACUGGAUUCCUACCAUCUGAAGGAGCGUCUGGUGGAGAAUGAGGACUUUGUGUUGAUCCCUGCCGAAGCAUGGCGCAAUCUGCUGGCCUGGUAUGGCAUGGUAGAUGAUCAGCCUGCCCUGGAGCGGAAGGUGGUGGAUCUACCCAGCACAGUCAAGGUUGAGGUCUAUCCUGUGGAAAUCUUCCUGUGUCUCCAUAGCAACAUGGAAAAUGUUGUGACCGCACAGUUUAGCCGUGCAGAUCACAUCCAUACGAUUCAGAAGGUGAUGAUGAAGCAGUUUGAUGUGGUCGAGGGAGCAGAGACCCGGCUGUGGAUGAAGAGCUCAGACACCUGCUGUGAGAGGCUGCGGAACGUUCACGUCAAUGUCCUCGACUCCAGCCUCAGCUCUGGCAUGACGGUGAUCAUGGAGAUGAGGAAUGCAGAUGGUACCUGGCCCAGCUCCAGACCACAGAUCAUUAGGAACUCUGUGGAGGAGCAGGAAUCAUACCGAGGCCAGCCAGGAGUCUGUGGCCUCACCAACCUAGGAAACACAUGUUUCAUGAACUCUGCCCUGCAGUGUCUCAGUAACACCCCUCCACUGACUGAGUACUUCCUGCGGAGUGCCUAUCUGGAGGAGCUCAACUUCACCAACCCUCUGGGCAUGAAGGGGGAGAUAGCAGAGGCCUACGCUGAUGUUAUCAAACAGAUGUGGUCAGGGAGGCACUACUCUGUCGUUCCCCGGCUCUUCAAGACCAAGGUUGGCCACUUUGCCUCUCAGUUUCUUGGCUACCAGCAGCAUGACUCCCAGGAGCUGCUCUCCUUCCUGCUGGAUGGGCUUCAUGAGGAUCUCAACCGGGUCAAGAACAAGGAGUACAUUGAGCUGAGGGAUGCCGAUGGUAGGCCUGACCAGGAAGUGGCAGAGGAAGCGUGGCAUAACCACCAGCGACGUAACAACUCUGUGAUUGUUGACACCUUCCACGGGCUGUUCAAGUCCACCCUGGUUUGCCCCGAGUGCCGCAAAGUGUCGGUCACCUUUGACCCCUUCUGCUACCUCAGCGUGCCCCUGCCUGUUAGCAAGGACCGGGUGAUGGAGGUCUUCUUCGUUUCUCUGGACCCUGUGGCCAAACCUGUUCAGCAUCGCUUAGUUGUACCCAAAGCUGGAAAAGUGUUUGACCUGUGCUCCGCUCUCUCGGAAAUGACCAACGUCCCCGUCAAUCAAAUGGUUGUGGCUGAUGUGUUCAACCACCGCUUCUAUAAGAUCUACCAUGCUGAUGAGUCUCUAAGCUGCAUCCUGGACCGGGAUGACAUAUUUGUGUAUGAGCUGAGCAGUGGCUCUGUGGAGGAGGAGGGGGAUGAGGUGGUGCUGGCUCUGUACCUGAGGGAGCGUUCUCACUACAGGGACUCCGGCUCAGGGAGUAGCAGCUGCGGGACGACCCUGUUCGGACACCCACUGCUCAUGGCUGUGCCUCGAGUCCAGUGCAGCCGCAACGCCCUCUAUCACCUCUUCCUGCAGCGGCUAGCACGGUAUGUCCGACCACCAGAUCCCUCAGAGGAGGAUGAGGAGGAUGAAGAUGACGAGGAACUUUACAAGAUCCAGACCAAUGGUGUCAGCGAUGAUGACGGUGAGGAUAAUGGUAUGAGGCCAGGACACUUUAAGAGAGAUGACCGUUGUGAUGGUGGCCAAUGGGAUGGCCAAGCGGACGGCCCUGCUGUGACCCAAACUCAGCCAGAGCAGGCACAAACCCAGGAGUCUGGAAAACAGGCUCAGGCUGAGGGGGCCAGUAGUGAAGUCAGGGCAGGGUGCAGCACAGAGGACAGUGCCUCGGCAUCCUGCAGUGCUGGAGCCAGUGCUGGAGUUCCAACAAACAGCCAGCAGGGUGCAGGCCUUCAGCAGCAGCAGCCAUGUGAGACUGAGGAGGAGAAGGGUGAGUGCCCCCCGCAGACCAACGAGAGGCAGGCCAAGAGGAAGGGCUACCAGGCCAGACGCAGAAAGCUGCUCUUCUCCAUCCACGCUGUCAACUCCAAUGGCACUACGGAGAGAGGCAUGGGAGAGGACGGCAGUGCCUUCUCUUUUAGCUCUCAACCAUAUGUGGCCAUUGACUGGGAUCCCGACAUGAAGAAGAAAUGCUACAAUGAGAAUGAGGCAGAGAAGUAUGUAAAACACCAAAGCAUGGAGGUCCCUCAUCAGCAGACCACAGUGCAGCUGCAGGAGUGCAUAGAGCUCUUCACCACUGUGGAAGUCCUGGAGGAAGAAAACCCCUGGUACUGCCCAAUAUGUAAGAAACACCAACUGGCCACUAAGAAACUGGACCUGUGGUCACUGCCUGAGGUUCUCAUCAUCCACCUGAAACGCUUCUCCUACACCAAGUACUCCAGGGAGAAGUUGGAUAUCAUCGUUGACUUUCCUCUCAGACACCUCGACUUCUCGGGUUUUCUGCUGAGGAAGACCGGUACAAACGGAGAGCCACCCAGCCGAUAUGAUCUGAUAGCAGUUUCCAACCACUACGGCGGACUCCGAGAUGGACAUUACACCAGCUAUGCCCGGAACAAAGACAAUGGACAAUGGUAUUACUUCGAUGACAACAAGGUGACGUAUGCAAGGGAGGAACAAAUUGUGACUAAUGCUGCCUACCUCCUGUUCUACCACCGACAAGACAAGAUUCGUCAGCCCACCUUACCCCCCCCCUCGGACAGCUCCUCCUCUCCCGCUCAGCCUGCUAAUGUCACUUCCCACAAACAUGAUGGGAUGGAGAGAGCCACUUCCUGUGUUAACAUGGAAACAGACUGAAACAGAUUUUUUUUUUUUUGUAAUCUUUUUUUUCUCUGAGUUGAUGGGGCUUUGAUUUUAUAUUGUUAUUUAUUUUCUAUUCCAAAAAACUUGAACCUUCUGCCUCUCCUCUGCAUUGAACAAGGUGUGAGAAGCGGAGGCUAGAUUCUCAGGCUGGUGCGUGAGGAAUGCAAUUUAUGUUUCUUCUACAUUUUCUUUACAUUGGUCUCCCCAGAUUUACUAGAUCAUUAAUAGAAGAAUGUUGAAUGAUGAUUUCUGGUAUUGCUUAAUCACAGACUAAGGUAUGUAGUGUCUGUCUAUGCUGAUGCCAACUGGACCCCUUCGUGAUUGGACAUAAGCAAUUAUAAUUUAGUUUGUUCAAUCAAGACCUAUGAAUUGUGAAUAUCUCUGCACCGCUAUUAAUCUCUGCUAUGAUGCAUUGCUACCUCAAACUUUGAUUACUGAUGUUGAGCUCAAUUUGAGGAAGAUUUCCUUGAGGCUCUUUGAAUAGAAUUGAAUACAUUUUGCUCUAGAAGGUAAAUCACAACAUUUGAGGUUAACGACACGGAUAACUAAUUCAGUUUACUCCUGAUUUAAAAAUGAGAUUACAUUCCCCUGUUACUCAAUGUUCUUUAUAUCAGGGACUGCAUUAACAGAAAGACAAACAUUGCAAUGUGAUUUAUAUACACUACAUGGCCAAAAGUAUGCUCGUCAAACAACGUAUUCCAAAAUCAUGGACAUUAAUAUGAUUUUGGAGCCCCUUUGCUGUUAUAACUGC